UGCUGGCGGGGUUCGAUCCGCAACCGGUCCCCGAGCCCCAGCCCGAACCCGGACCCGGUGGGCCGGGCAAGGGCCGGGCCGGGGGCCCGGUUGGCGAGCGGGGGUUCUGGGUAUCAGGUCCCGGCCGGCGGCUCCGGGCAGCGCUUCAGUGGCAGGUUUAGGAGGAUGGAAUGGAGGAACCUGGAGACCUGAUGAGGGCUCUGCUGCAGGCUGGGAGCCUCUGGAAGAGCUCAGAGGAUUUGGGAAGAGAACCAAGGAGCCAAGAGGUGGAAGAUGGGACCAUUUCCCUUGUGGUUUAGGUGACUCUGAGACCUGAUUGCCAUGAAAUCCUGAAGGAGACAGAGGAGCAGUAGUGGGGAUUUCUUCUCACUCCUCCUCCAAAAAUAAAAUCCAACAGUUGCCUAAUGGGAUUACCUCUUGUUCUGACAUCAUGGGGAGCUGCUGCAGUUGUCUGUGCAGGGACAGCAUCCCAGAAAACCAUCCCACCAAAUUUAAGGUGACAAACGUGGAUGAUGAAGGCAACGAGCUGGGAUCUGGGGUGAUGGAGCUGACACAGACAGAGCUGAUCUUGCACACUCAGAAGAGAGAUGCUGUCAGGUGGCCCUUCCUCUGCCUGCGCCGCUACGGCUACGACUCCAACCUCUUCUCCUUCGAGAGCGGCCGGCGCUGCCAGACAGGGCAGGGGAUUUUUGCCUUCAAGUGUUCCAGAGCAGAGGAAAUCUUUAAUCUGCUUCAGGACCUGAUGCAGUGUAACAGCAUCAACGUGGUGGAAGAGCCUGUUGUCAUCACCAGGAACAGUCACCCCACUCAGCAGGAGCAAUCCCGGACCCCCCAGGCACCCAACAGUCUGGGGUACACUGUCCCAGGAUUUCCCAAUGGAUUUCACAGCUUCCCUGGAGAAAGCCUGUCCUACUCAGCAGCCCACCACCCCUCUGUGAGCAGCCUGAGGCAUUCCUCUGUGGGGGAAGACUCCACUCAUGCCCUUCUUGGGCCUGAUGAACAGUCCCACACCUACGUCAACACGGCCAAUGGUGAUCAGGAGCUGAGGGGCAGACACUGUAUGCACUCCUUGCCUGAAGUCCACCCUCCUUUCCCCCCUAGGAACCACAGCUGCUCCCUCGAAGACCGCAACCCCCAGGUUUUUCUGCAGCCCGGGGAGGUUAAGUUCGUCUUAGGUCCCAGACGCAUCUGUCGGCACCACCGGGAGUGCAGGGCGCCCUUCUGCCCCCCCAACAACAACAACAACGACUGCCAGGAGGACUGUCCUUCACCCCAGUGUGUCUAUGAGAACCUCAAUGGCUUGCUGCCCCCCAGCACCUCCUCUCUCUGCCGGGGUGGCCGUUUGAAACUCCCCCGGGAGGACGGGGCUUUGCCCGGCUGCUCGCAUCGCAGGACGGCUCUGCUGCACUAUGAGAAUUUGCCCUCCCUGCCCCCGGUGUGGGAGUGCCAGCCCCUGCAGCACGGCCAGAAGGACACUGAGGACAUGCUGACACCUUCCCCCAAUGGUUACUCCGAGGCUGGUGAAGAAGAUCCCCUGCAGAACUACAUCAACUCGGAGAAAACCGCCCUGCACGGGGGCAGCAGCCAGCGGCGCGGGGGCUUCCUGCCCAAACCUCGCCGUGGUUGCAUGCCCAAUGUCUUCAGCUUUGACUUCCCCCGGCCCUGCCCGGAGCAGCCUCGACAACUCAACUACAUCCAGGUGGAACUGGAGGCUGAGCCACACAAGGGACAUCAAAACCUGGCAGUCCCCCAGGUCCCACCUCCCGCCACCCACCAAACCCGCCGGACGGACUCCUACGCCGUCAUUGACCUCAAAAAGACAGCGGCCAUGUCCAGUUUGCAAAGGGCCCUGCCAAGGGAUGAUGGGACUUCCAGGAAAACUCGACACAACAGCACUGACCUGCCCCUCUAAGGGACAAGGCCAAGUGCCAGCACUGUGCUGUGGCUUCAGUACCUGCCCUUCCCUGUGUUGCUGUGACUCGUGUUCACCAUUGCCUUCUGCUUCCCCGUUUCCCCCGUUUUGUGGUGUCAUGGGAUGGCUCCUCCAGCUGAUGUUAAGGCUAGUCUGUCUGUCUGUCCUCCCCUCUCUGUCUCUCCUGGGUAGUUUGGUUUGAAAGCCUCGUGAGAUGUUGGUGAUGCUGUUUUGAAGGUUUACAUUUCUGCUGAAAGGUUCCAGCAAGAGCGUGGACACAACCUCUGCUCAGGUUCCCUCUUCUUGAUUACCUGGCAGCUCUCUGUGCCCAGUGCCAAGAACCUGGCUGCAGGGCAGGGCAGGAGCAUGUUGCCCAAACUUGAGUUGCUUUUGGAGCUCCACUACAAACCAAGCCUGUGUCCUGUGGAUUUCAUGCCUUGUGAGCUCUGAGGCUGGGCUGCUCCUAAACUGGGUUUUUGCCUUGUGGUUUUGCUGGUCCCUGGUGAUGCAGGAGCUCACACUGUGGUCUUUUCCCCCUCAGCUCACUCCUUUCUCCCUCUGUGCUGUUACCUGUUUUCUUGGAGCAUGUAAAAGCACUUAUUGCUUCUUCUAUCCCUUUCUGAGAUUCAAUUUCAAUUGGACAACUCUAGAAAUUUCUAAGAGAGGAGGGCAGACAGCUGGGGGGCACAGACACUGUGAACCCAUAAACCUCAUUUCCUGAAGAGCCUCUGCUUUAAAAGAAGAGGGCAAGACCACAUCUAAGAGAGAGAUUUGAGGUUUGUCAGAGAGAACUUCAGUUGUACCCUACCCAGUUUUGAUUUUUAAGUUUUAUUUUUUGGGUUUUUUUUUUUUUUUUUGGUGGCUGUUUGGAAGUGUUCUUGGUUUAUUUCUUUGUUUACAUCUUUAUUUAUGAAAUAUUCUUUUGCAUCCCAGUGACAGUUGCCAAAACCUGUGCCAAAGUGAACCUUGCACUCUCUGCACCUCACUCCUUCUGUCUGGAGAAGAGAUCUCAGAAGAAGUUGGUGGUUUUGCUGAGCUGCAGUCGAGGAAAAAGAGCAGUUGUGAAUCAAAAAAUCUUUUUAACUGUGAGUGAGUGUCUCAGAGUGGGUGGGAAAUGGUCUGGGAGAUGUGGAAGUGUGAGCAGAGCUGCCAAGCUUGGAG